CGCACUGGUGUCGUUUUUUUGUCGAAAAGCCGAACCGGAAAUGGAAGACACGCCGGUGGUCAGCUGACUUGAAUGUUGACAAGAAGCAGCUCGAAGCAGGAAGCAGCGAAUGCUUUCAAAGCUACCCGCAGAGUAAUGCCGUCGAAGAAGCCUUGAAUGAAAGUGGUCCACGUGAGAGGUGAACACCGGGGAACGUCGUCAUGGACGCUCACAACGAGCGCAGGAGGCUGCUGGACGCAGAAGAAGGAGAUGAUGAUCCCACCGGACUCACAACCGAGCAGGACGCUUAUCUCAGCAAAGUGAAGAACAGGAAGUUGUACCUGGCCACCUUCGUGUCGGUGCUGGGUCCCAUGAGCUUUGGCUUUGUGCUGGGCUACAGCUCGCCCGUCAUCCCAGAACUCAGCAGCAGCUCGGACCCUCGGCUGCGGCUGGGCGAGGCGCAGGCCUCCUGGUUCGGAUCUGUGGUGACCUUGGGAGCGGCGGCAGGGGGCCUGCUGGGCGGCUGGAUGGUGGAGAAGGCGGGCAGGAAGCUCACCAUCAUGUUCUGCUCACUGCCCUUUGUCUUCGGCUUCACCGCCAUCAUCGCCGCGCAGAACGUGUGGAUGUUGUAUGUCGGAAGGAUGCUGACUGGCCUCGCCAGCGGCGUCACCUCGCUCGUCGUGCCGCUGUACAUUGCGGAGAUGGCCCACGAGCGCGUGCGAGGGACGCUGGGCUCGUGCGUGCAGCUCAUGGUGGUGAUGGGCAUCAUGGGAGUCUACCUGGCUGGUCUCUUCGUGGGUUGGCGCUGGCUGGCAGUCUGCAGCUCCGUCCCACCCACGCUGCUGAUGGUGUGCAUGUGCUUCAUGCCUGAGACGCCUAGGUUCCUGCUGUCUCGGGGCAAGAGGCGCGAGGCCGAGGAGGCCCUGCGCUUCCUGCGGGGACCGGACGCCCCCGUGGAAUGGGAGUGCGCUCGUAUCGAGGAUGCGUGCGACGAGCAGGGGUCCAGUUUCCAAGCGUCGGACCUGAAGGAUCCCGGCGUGUACAAGCCGCUGGCGAUCGGCAUCAUGCUGAUGGCAUUCCAGCAGAUGACGGGGAUCAACGCCAUCAUGUUCUACGCGGAGAACAUCUUCGAGCAGGCGCAUUUCAAGGAGAGCGACCUUGCCUCGGUCAUCGUGGGCCUGAUUCAGGUGGUCUUCACGGGCGUGGCGGCGCUGGUCAUGGACAGGGCCGGAAGAAAAGUCCUCCUCGUGAUCUCAGGCGUCGCCAUGGCGAUCAGCACCGCAGCCUUCGGGGUUUACUUCUACCUGAUGUACAGACUCCACGCCGACCUAUCCUGGUUGGCCCUCGCCAGCAUAUCAGUCUUCAUCACAGGGUUCGCUGUGGGCUGGGGUCCCAUCCCGUGGUUGGUCAUGUCGGAGAUCUUCCCCGUCAAAGCGAGAGGCUUUGCGAGUGCCGCGUGCGUGCUCACCAACUGGGGCAUGGCCUUCGUCGUCACAAAGAGCUUCCAGGACAUGAUGACCCUCCUCACCAGCGCCGGAACCUUCUGGCUGUUCUCCUCAAUGUGUGUCCUCAACGUUAUCUUCACCGCCGCCUUUGUCCCAGAAACCAAAGGCAGGACGUUGGAGCAGAUCGAGGCCUCGUUCAGGGGAACGUCACGCACGUGAUUCACGCUCCAGCAUCAUAACCGCUGCUCAUCUUUUCAUUUAAGGAAUCUGUGAGCGUAAAGUUCUCGACACCUCCUCAGAAUGUACGGGUGCUGCUGGGGGUCACAUGGUGUUAAUGUUGGAGAGAAAUAAGCUCAUUUAAAAAAAAGUCAACUUUUUUUGUUUGAAAUAUACACAGUCAAAGGAAAAGUACACUUUUUUUUUAAAUUUUGCCCAUAAAAACAGCUUUUAAAAAAGGCAACUAAUUAAUGCACAUAAUGGGACACAUCUAUUCCACCUAGAAAGGCCGCUAUUAAAACACCUAGAAAAACCUCCAGCAAGGUUUUAUUAUUUUCUAUCCAUGCUGUGGGCAUGUAGUAACAGGCACAUUUAUGAUAACAUAACAGUUUUAAGCAUUAGCGGAACUUCUUUCCUGGGCGCAUUUCACAUAGCUGCUAGCCCCUAGCCGGUGUGGUGGUUUCACUACGCCAGUAACGUAGUUCUGUAAGACGUAACAAUAAUAUAAUAACCACUCGUUUAUCGCAUUUGGCAUUCUAAUUAUGGGUUUUAACGUUAUAAGAGCCCAGUAGAGAUGAAAUGACAUCACCGAUCGUAUAUUUUACACUAAUUGUUCUUUAUUGACGUCACUUUGCUCAGGCUACGGGAUCACUCCAGGGACAUAACAGACGGCCACCGCUAGCAUAGCUUAGCAAGCUAACUAGUUUGCCUCUCCAAUUGAUUUAUUCCAAACCUUAUGAAAGCGUUUCAAACGGAGUGGGGAAGGAGGAUAAAGAAGUUAAAAACACACCACUUCUAGACGGAAUGACAGAACCUUUUUUACCACUCGAUUUCAGCUGUCCUCAUAUCUUAAGAACGCACCCGUAAGGAUUAUGGAUGAGUAAAAUUUAAAAAAAAACGUGCACUGUUGCUUUUUUUGUUUACCUCAGGUGGCUUUCCUUGAGUGAGCAGGAUUGCAGUGGCAAAACUGUUAGUUGUGGGUCGAAUUAUGAAGGAAACAACCCAAAAUGUGCUGGAAGAUCUUCACAAUCCUCAUUCCUGCUGGCAAAGUGAGACGUUUAGUUUAGCGGUACAGUUUACACAGAUUGCUCAGUUAGCCAAUUUUGUUUUUAUCAUUUUUUUCUUGGAAGAAUCAUACAUUUGUCUGACUGUGACCUCUUUCAAAACACACUAUCAAUUGUAAAAUAAAAUGUACUGUACAA